AUGGCGCCGCUACCAGAUAUCUACGGCCCCACGAUCCGCGAUUACCUCAACACCAUCCUCAAACGCACUCUUCCCUCCGCACCCGACCCAGGUCAUGUCCUUAAACGAGCUUCUCCUCUCCUUCGUCGAGCCGACCACACUGGGUUGGCACAUCCCGACUCAGGCGUCGUUCCAUUUGAUUCCAUUCCAAACAAAGCUGUGUUUGCGAUCUUCGGGUUGAUUGGUGCUGCCUUUGUGGUGACUGGCAUCUGGUUCUUUUUCUGGGCCAAGAAUGGAGGUUUCGUCUUCCAUGAGAAUGAUUGGGACGACUACAAGUCUACUGUCUUGAGACGGAAGGGUCCUAAUGGAACGACGAUUAGUGGUGCCACGGAGAGCACAGAUCUUGGUGGUGGAAGUAUCGUUCAUGGCGAGAAGAAGAAGAGUCGUUGGGGUAGAAGCAAGAAGGGAUCGAACCGUUAUAAGGAUUACGAUGAGGAGAAUAGCGAAAUGACUAGUACAGUUGGGAGUGAUAUGAGCGACUUGAAAAGACAAAUCAAGAAGGACCGCAAGAAGGCGAGGAAGGAAAGCCGUCUGCGGGGUGGCGACUUGGGAUCCGAAAUGACUGAGCAGACUGAGAUGUUGGAGGCUGAGGAGGGCGGUGAUAGUGUUAUGGACGCUAUGCGUGCUUAUCGUCAUGAGAAACCUGCUCGUGUAGGUGGUCUCAACAAGGAAUCAGAUGCUAGUGCCUGGGAUGGAUCAACCAACGACAACUCCACUGCCGCCUCAGAACUCCUCUCUAACCGCGAACGAACACCUACCAGCACCCCAUCUAAAUACAAGAAGGAACGCAAAGACAAAUACGCAAGUACCGGCGGGAUCCGAAGAGUCGUCACCACAUCCAAACCCAAUUCCAACAACUUCUGGGAACGCGACUCUACAGUAACAUCCAGCACCAACGACCACUCGACCGAAGAACACGACCGCAUCAAGGCCGAAGCCAAGAGACUUCAGGAAAAAGGCCGCGCUGCUAAGCGACGUGAUUUCUCUUUCCAAGCAGGCGAUGAUAGUACCGUUGAUGGUUCUGAAGAUCCAAGACGCGCACGUCGCGAGGAGAGAGAAGCUAGACGUGCAAAUCGCAGCCCAUCAAAGAAGAUCCCUGGAAGCUUCGAUUAUGCUGAGAGUGAAAUUGGAAGUAAUGUUAGCAGUGACGUUGGCACAAAAAGCUAUCACCACCCAAUUCCUGGACUGUCAAGUGCUGCGGGUUCAAGUGUGGCUGAUUAUGCUGAGGAGAGACGAAAAAAGAGGCAUGGAGGCGGUGGUGGAUAUCGAAGAGGGAGAAGGGAUAGUUUGAGUGAUGACGGACGUUAA